UGUUUACGUUCCGUAACUGACGUCACACUAAUACCGACCAGAGAAGAGUGUUUGGAAAGCGAAAGCUCAAAUAACUUCACUGAAAACUUCAACCGCGCUCCCGUACGGACCGGAACCGAAUUUCCUGCCUGUCAGCUGUGGGCUGAACCUCCGGGAAGGACAGGGAAAGCUCAGUUCACAGUAUUAUAGCCGCGUUUUCGCUCAGAAGACAUUAGCUAGGCGAAGAUCUCCUGCUGCUGCUGUGCUAGCUCCUGAGGACCUAGCUGCAGGAAUUUUAGUUUUUUUUUUGAAAAGCCAACAUGGAGAACAAAUACAACCUGAAGAGCCCCGCAGUGAAGAGGCUGAUGAAGGAGGCGGCCGAGCUGAGGGACCCCACAGAGCACUACCACGCCCAACCUCUGGACGAUAACUUGUUUGAAUGGCACUUUUCUGUUCGCGGGCCCCCGGAUUCAGACUUUGAUGGGGGGGUCUACCACGGCAGGAUCAUCCUCCCCCCAGAGUAUCCCAUGAAGCCCCCCAGCAUCAUCCUCCUUACACCAAAUGGAAGAUUUGAAGUUGGAAAGAAGAUUUGUCUGAGCAUCUCUGGCCAUCAUCCUGAGACAUGGCAGCCUUCAUGGAGCAUCCGGACCGCCCUAAUAGCAAUAAUUGGAUUCAUGCCAACCAAGGGAGAGGGGGCGAUAGGAUCGCUUGAUUAUACUCCAGAAGAAAGAAAGGCUCUUGCCAAAAAGUCCCAGGACUUCUGCUGUGAAAGCUGCAGCUGCUCCAUGCGCACCGCUCUGCUCCCGCCGACAGCCAACAGCAACCCCAGCGCCGAGGACCACAAGGCCCAGGAGCUGGCUCAGCAGAUCAACUUCAAGGCUGAAUCCAGCUCGCCCCCUCAGGCCAGUGCGAGCGGACCUGCAGGCGGCGAGGAGCUGUCGGCACUCCCCCAGCAGGACACGUCCUCACCCGCUGGCCAGGAAGCGGCUGAGACGCCGCAGGCUGAACAGGCAGAGGGACCAGAGGAACCAGAGGAACCCCAGCCCCCUGCCCCUGUGGACUCCAUCGAUUCUGUCCGGCAGCGCCGCUCCCCGCAGCAGCCCGGCUCGAGAGACAGCAUUCAGGUGGCGGCCAGCAGGGUGGCGUCCGUCCCGGCGCCCCGCCAGCCUCUGGACCAAAGCCACGCCGGCUCUGCCGUCCUCAUCCUGGUGCUCACACUGGCUCUGGCGGCCCUCAUCUUCCGCAGGAUCUACCUUGCCAACGAGUACAACUUCAACUACGAGUUGUGACCACGACCCCAUCCUCCUCAAUUCAGACUCAGAGGUCAGCUGGAGUGGAAGCAGAGCUGAGGCAGCAGCUGACUUUCUGCCCUCGCUGCUCAGCCAACAGGAAACCUCCUCCGGGGGGGGGGGCACUGCACAUCACAGCACCUCCUUUUAAUCAGUGUGAAUUUGAACCCCCCUCCUUAGAACAGGAGGCUUGUUGUUUAGGAUUCAGCUCAGCGUCUCCCACUUGUAACUGCGGUGCACCCCGCGGCUGCUUUCGUUCCCAUUAUUUAAUUACAAUUGUAAUAUGUCAGAACAUGGAAUUAUGGGAAAUUUCCUCAGACACAGCCAGAGAAUCCUCCGAAGGCCACGAGUUAAGCUCCUGUCCAGUUUUAAUGGGGCCAACAAACGGCAGAAGCGUUUUCCAUCCGUCACCUGGAGUGAACGUGCUGCAUUAGUUUUAGUUUCUUUAAGGUGGGGGGGCUCUUUCAGAAUAAAUGCAUUCGUUUUAAAUGGUGUGAAGCUUUUAAAUCAGCGGGGCGGCUCUUUAAUGGAGCGAGCAGCAGCUCUUCCUCACUGCCUGAGCACCGCCUGCCUCUGUGAUCGUGUUGGCGUGGAGGGGUGUCCCUGCAGGGGGGGGGGUUCACGCUGCAAACCAGCCAGCAGCAGAGAACUCCCAGAUUGUAAUUUCUGGACCAUUUAAUCCGUCAUACUUUCAAUCUUUAGUGGUGGUUCAUCAGCAGCAGCAGUUCUCACUCUUCAUUUUUGUUUAAAGGCACCCCGUUGUUCUUUACCCCUUCAUAGCGCCCCCCAAAGGCUGACAGGGAGGGUUCAGCUUUCACAUUUUCUACAUCAGAGUUCCAGGUUGACAUGAACGCAGCUCUGAGGUUCCACUUGUGCGGCCUUUGAUGCUUCAUGCCUGAUGGUCGUCUCUGCAACCUGCUGCUGAGCUGCACAGCCUUCAGUCACAUUUAGGAAACAGGAAGAAGAUAAGGGGCUUUGCUCGUCACUCAGCAGCCGCUCCCAUGUUCAUCUGCUUUGUCAGACGAAGAACCCUAAAGACAAACGUUUAGUCAAACCCGCCAGGUCAAGACUAAACACAGUAAAUCCUUCUUUUCAGACUUUCUUGGAAUUCAUAAUUGGGUCUUAUUGUUUAAUAAAGUUAUUUAAAGUUUUAAA